AUGAUAUUGAUUCUAGCUUAUAAUGAAUAUAUAAUUGAUUUAACCUAAAAAUAUGUAUUAAUUUCUCAUUAUUUAGGUAUCUGAAUAUUCAGUCAUUAAUAAAUGUUGUUCACUUGAUUAAUUAAAAUUGAAUAGAACUGUAUCUUUAAAGAAACAAUAAUCAAUGCCAGAACAUUCUGAAGACAUAUAAGCAUGUUUAUUAAGGCUAUUUUAUAAAGGUUUAAGUAUCUUUAGUGGUCAUAAGAGUGCUGGUUACUAUAAUUAUGUUACCAACUAAAAAUUUAAAUUAUGCUAUAACAAUUUAAUGGCCAUAGUUGGAGAUUUUCCUUUAACCUGUAUAAUUAUGGCAUUGCUCUAAAAGAAUCAAUAAUAUGAAAUUAAAUAUUCUACUAAAAUAGAUGAUAUUAUGAUACCAUAAUUGGCUCCUAAAGAAUUUGUUAAAGAAUACAAACUAUAAUUUAUAUAACGAUAAUCCUUGCAUUUGAAUGAAAUCAACUUUAAUGGCAUAGGUUAAGUUCUGUUUAAUGAAUUAUGGAAACAUUAAUCAGGUCCUCAAUUAUCUUAGGAUUGUAUCUUACAACCUAAUAUUGAGAUGAAUUGUAUUACAGUUUUAUAUGAUCCUAAUGUGGCUAAAAAGGAGAUAAUAGAAUAGGAAUUGAAUAGUAAAAUUAAAGAAUUGUAGAAUUUUUAUAGAAAUUAAGUCAAAGAAAUACCAUAUGAGAAUGAUUCUAAAUUUAUAAUGCAAGCGUAUAAAUAUAUAAUUAAUAUAAUAGUGGUGGAAGUAUGAAGGAUUGGAUUGAAAAAAGUGCUUAUAAGACUUUCUUUAUAGAAGGUUUACCUUUAGAUAUAACUCAGGAAUUGUUACAAGAAUUUUUGUCUGAAGUGAUGAUUUCAGAAAUGAAAUUGUAUAAAGAAGGUGAUAAAAUUACAGCCAGAAUAUCUCUUUAAGAUCAUGAUGAUUUACUAUAUUGUUUGGAAAAUAUUAAAGUAUAUAAAGAUAAUCAAUUGAAAGUUUAUACUUAACAAGAUCAAUUUGAAUAUAAUGAAGAAAAACUACUUUUCAAUGAACAUUAUAAAGUAAUUAUCACUUGGAAUUUACAUUUAAACAAAGGUACUGCUAUAGUUAAAUUGAAUGCUCCAUAUAUAUUUAAUUCUGAAGAUUUUGAAACGAUUUAACAUAUGACAUAUAAAAUGAAUCUCAAGAGUGUUUAUGAGGAUGAGUAAUCAGUUAUGGCUGAUUUAAAAUAAUAAUGCAAAGAUAUUGAUAUCAAAUCAGUUUUAAUAGAUAAACAAUUAAGAUAUGAAAAUAAUGGGGAUCUAUAAUUAGAAAUACAAAAAUUAUUAUAGAAUAUUCCUUAAGAUUAAUAUAAAAUUGAAUCAAUUACUAAAUAACAUUGUAAAAGAAUUUUGUAGCUCAUAGUUUAUGAUAAAAAUAUUAUGGAAUAAUUUAUUCUUUUAAAUAAUCAGAUUAAAUAAUUUAGAGGAUUGAAAGUAUAAUUAAAAGUAAAACCUGUUUAUUAUCAUGAUUAUGAAGGACCUAUUGAAAUGAAAUAAAUAGUAGAGGAAAUUUUUGAUGAAAAGAAGAUUGAACUUGGUUAAUAUACAAUUACAAUUGAUGAUGAAUUUAAAAGAGUGAAAGUUACUAUUUAAUGUUGGAGUAAAUAAGAUCAUGAAUAAUUGAAUAAAGAAAUUUAAGAUGCUUUUACUCCAAAAAUCAUUAAGUCUUCAUAAGAUUUUGAUAUUACAGUUUUAUUUAGUUAAUCUGGUACAAGAUUUCUUAAAUUUUAAGAAGAAUCUUUAUAAAUUUUAAUUAGAUAAGAUUUUAUUAAUAAUCAAUUAUUUGUUAAUAGCUCUUUUAUUAAAUACAAUUAAUUAGUAAAUGCUAUUAAAUAAUUUGUUUCAGAUUGUUCAAAAAGUAUUAUAUAAAUCCCUAAAAAUUGUAUAAGAUUGAUAAUGGGAAAUGAUUCUCAAGGAUUAAAUGAAAUAAAGAAAAAUUUUGACUUAAAGAGUGUUAAAUUCAAUAGUAUUUCAGGUGAAUUACAAUUAUUUGGUGAUCAGAAGAAUCUUGAUGCAGCUAUCAUAUCAAUUAGUGAAAUUAUAUCUUCAUAAUAAUAAUAAGAUAAACCUAUCAAUGCAUUAACUUGUAAUUAUUGUUUUGAUAAUAUGAAAAAUGGAUAUAUGUUAUAAGGUUGUGGACAUAAGUUUUGUCUAUAAUGUAUAAUGUUUAGUAUUCAAAAUUCAUUAGGAGAUAUGACUUAAUUACCAAUUAAAUGUCCAUAAUGUAAUCAAGGUAUACUUUUAGCUGAUUUGUAUAUUUUAAUUGAUGAACCAAGUUGGGAAAAAUUAAUAAAAUUAUCCAUAAAUAAAUGUAAUUAAUUUAUUAAAAUAAUAUUAGAUUUAUAGGAUCAUGCAGCAUAAAUUGCUUUUUGUUUGACUCCAAAUUGUCCAAUAAUUCAUUUCUAAAAGAUACCAAGAUAUACAUGUAAAAAAUGUUAGAAACAAUAUUGUAAUUCAUGCAGAGUAUAUAUAUAUAAUUAUUAUUCAAUAGACAGCAUAUCAUUAUGGAUAAACAUGUAGAGAAUUCAAAGCUGGUAAUGAAGAUUCUAUUAAUAUAUAUAUGAAGAAGAAUGAUGUAAGAAGAUGUCCUCAUUGCAAAAUAUUGAUAUAAAGAAUUGAUGGUUGUUAUAGAGUUACUUGUACAGGAUGUAAAAAGAGUAUUUGUUGGAAAAAUAAAGCAGAUGGUACACCAUGUAUGGCAAUUUUUGAAACAUCUUCAGAAUGUUAUUCACAUUUAACCAAAGAACAUGGUGGAUAUUGGUGAUAUGAAC